AUGAGUCUUGAUUUUGGUCUAAGAAGGUUUUGCAAUUACCUCGUAGGAGCACCACAGACGAUCUAUGUGGUAACGGAUCAUAAACCUCUUUGUUCUAUUUUUAACAAGAACCAGAAGGGUUCAAUCCGCACAGAUCGUAUCAAGCUACGGCAUCAAGAUGUUAGGUACGAGGUCGUGUACCAAGAAGGAAAGCUUAUUCAAGUUGAUUUUACGUCAAGGAAAGCCCAACCUUUACAAAUGAUGACGAACGAGGAGCGAGAAGAAGCAGAAGAGCUCAAUAAUCUCUUAUAUAUGCUACCCCUUGUAGAACCAAACACUAUUUAA